AUGGAGGACGACAUGUCAGGUCAUUAUCAGAUGCUGGAGGAGCUGGGAAGUGGAAGUUUUGGGACGGUGUACAAAGCCAUUGAAAAGGCUACCGGAGAGAUUGUGGCGAUUAAACAUAUCGAUCUCGAAUCCAGUGAAGAUGAUAUCCAAGAAAUCCAGCAGGAAAUCUCCGUCCUCGCCACCUGUGCUAGCCAGUUUGUGACGCAAUACAAGGCGAGUUUUCUGAGAGGUCAUAAGCUGUGGAUUGUGAUGGAGUAUCUCGGUGGUGGAUCCUGUCUGGACCUGCUGAAACCCGGCGUUUUUAACGAAGCCCACGUCGCCAUUAUUUGCCAGCAGCUGCUGCUGGGUCUGGAUUACCUGCACAGCGAAGGCAAGAUCCACCGCGACAUCAAGGCCGCCAAUGUGCUUCUGUCGCAUACCGGAAAGGUCAAGCUGGCGGAUUUCGGCGUGGCCGCACAAUUAAUCAACAUCAAAUCCCAACGCAACACCUUUGUCGGAACGCCGUUCUGGAUGGCGCCCGAAGUGAUCCAGCAGGCUGGAUACGACUACAAAGCGGAUAUCUGGUCCCUGGGUAUUACGGCGAUCGAGAUGAUCAACGGCGAGCCGCCACACGCCAGUACUCACCCCAUGAAAGUGCUUUUCCUGAUUCCCAAGGAACCUGCCCCCCGCUUGCAAGGCGAUGACUAUAGCAACACCUUCAAAGACUUUAUCGCACAAUGUUUGACCAAGGACCCCGACCGAAGACCGAGCGCCAAGGAUCUCCUGAGACACAAAUUCAUCCGCAAUGCGGGGAAGACGGAGGCUUUACAGGAACUGAUUCACCGGAGGCAGGACUGGGAUGCUGGUCGGGGUGUGACACACAAGGUGAAGUACUAUGCAGAGUCUCUCAAUACGAUUCGGAACCUGGAUGAUGAUGACGGAUGGGUCUUUGAUACCGUGAAAGCCCCAACAAUGGCUAUCCGCGAAGAGCCUGACGAGUUUGAGAACGAGCCUGAACCCCAGGAUUGGGUGUUUGACGAAGCCUCCGAGCUGAUGGACGACUUGCACAUCUCUAGCCCACCUCUUCCACCAAAGCAUGCAACGAAUACCGCCGUGAGACGGACACCGGCCCCCGAACGCAGUCCAUCCUUGCGGCGUGCCAAGCGGCGAUCCAGCGGCGUGAAGCAACCUCUGGGCGUGGACAUGAGCUUUGGGAACAGUCCAUCGACCGUCCGUCAAUUCCGUCGGGUGUCGGAUAAGGUCCCAGCCGAAGCUUCGUACCCUCCGCAGUAUUCCUACACGGACGAAAAUGCCAGUCCCAAGACGCUCUUCUCCGAGCCCAACAGCAAGGAAGCACAGCUGGGCCGUCGCGCAUACAGCAAGGCGGUGGGACUUGCCUGUCAGGAGGUGUUGGGCACGACGGGAGAUGAUGAGAAGCGCGAGGCCAUUUCACGGCUGGCCGAGGCGUGGAGUGAUCUGGAAAUGAUCGACCCCGAGGGUCUGUAUCAUAUCGUGAGGGCGAUGACGGAGCGACUGCAAGGCGACCCCAAGUUGGCCAGCCUCGUCCCACCUGCUCCACCGGCCGAGUCCCCACAGAGGCCGCGACUGGUUCUGGCACAAAACAACCCACAUCUGAAAAGCCACCGGCGCCGCCAGAGUGCGGCAGUGGCCGAGUCCAACCUGCAGCCGGCGCAGCUGGCGAAUCUCCCGGGCCAGCAAGUACCGGGCAUGGAGCACACGAAGCAGUUGUCCGAUGUGCUGUAUCAACGAUGGUCGGAAGGCCUCCGCAACCGCUGGCCGGGGAUCUAA